GUGUCUAACCUCAACUUCGUGUGGCACGUUUUCAUCGAAGAGUCUCGAAAUUUUCCAUUCUCUUAACGAAGGUUAUUUGUCAAAAUAUGGAAGUCAAACGUGAACCUAACGAUGCGUCCAAAGUGCACAUCAAAUCUGAAGAAGAAGAGAAAAAGUUUGAUCCAGUCCAAAAUCCGCUGUCACAUGCUCAGUUCAUUCGAAGCUACAACCAUGGCCAUGGCCAACGCCAAUACAAUGUGAAUAUCGGUGAAAUGCAUCAGAUGCGUCAAAUGUACGAUGGUCCAAUGUUGGCAGGACAUAUAAAGCAAGAGGUCGGUGAAGUUUGUGAAAUUGAAGAAAAGCGAUACCGAAUCUCCAGACAAGUUCAAUGGAACCAGGGCAUUGUACGCGGUCCAAUCAAUAUGUGUGAUCCAUCAAUACAAUUAGGUGCAUCGAUGAUGUCAAGCAGCAAUCGUUCUGCUUAUCAAUUCCAACGCAUCCAACCCGAGCCAAAGAUGUUGCCGGCUACUGUGCUUUCGACUCUCGAGGCAAAUGUAAAAAGUCUGAUCGAGGACGCCAAGUCGACGUGUGAAGCAUUUAGCAACCAAGUAAAGACAAACACAGAAAGUCAUGGAAAAGAAAUUGCCGGCUACCGGUCAACGAUUGCCGAAUUGACUAUCCAACGCGAUGCAUUGGUGCUAGAGCGAGAUUUGGCUAAUUUGGAAAAGACCGAAAUAAAGAAUGCUAUGCUCGAAUUGAAGACAAACCUCGAAGCUAAAUUGGAAACGGAAUAUGACAACGCUGUCGCUCAAAUCCGUGUGCAACAUGUCAUCGAUUUGGAAAGAGAAAAAGAGCAGUUUUCCGCUCAGAUUGACAGUUUGAAGAAGAAACUGUCUGAAGAGGUGGCCGAGAAGCAAGCGGCGAUUGAAGCAAAGGAUGAAAUUGAAGAAGAGCUCGAAAUCAAAUACCAAAAGAUUGUGGCUGGUAUUAAAGCCAAAGCCGAGCUGAAUCGUACUCAGCUCAUGGAACAGGGCAAAGUAUCGACCUGUGGUGCUGUGGUGAAAUAUUCAAGGUGGAAAUGUUCUGCAAUGAACAAUGCGAACAAAUGUGGAAGACUUGGGAGCAGAAUGACCAGAAUGAGUCAGAAGAAUGAAACCACAGCUUCAAUUUGACGACUACAUCAAGAUCAAAAGUUUUGACAUACGAAUAAGGAUUUGAUUGUAAUCAAUUUCAAUUAUACUCGAAUUAAAUAAUAAACAGACUUUUGUCACGAAAAAACAAA